AUGUUGUACCCUCCUUCUCAAGAGACUCUUAGAAAGCGUUUUUUUAUCCCAGCACCUAAUGAUGCACCACCUACGGGUGUGGAUCUCUAUGCUCGUUUUGCAUUUGCAGGUGCUGUUUGCUGUGCUAUCACUCACGGUGCCAUGACACCAGUUGACGUUGUCAAGACCCGUAUUCAACUUGAGCCAGAGCGAUACAAUCAGGGAAUGAUUGCUGGCUUUCGCAAAGUAGCAGCAGAAGAAGGUGCUGGAGCAUUGUUGACAGGAUUUGGACCUACAGCUGCUGGAUACUUUUUGCAAGGAGCCUUCAAGUUUGGUGGAUACGAGUUUUGGAAAAAGACAUUUAUCGACAUGGUGGGCGUUGACAAGGCGAGUGAUAAUCGCACGGCCAUUUACCUUGGUGCAUCUGCUAUUGCAGAGUUCUUUGCUGACGUGGCGUUGUGUCCAUUGGAAGCUACCCGUAUCCGUUUGGUGUCGCAGCCUGACUUUGCUACUGGUCUUGUGAGCGGUUUCACGCGUCUUUUGCGUGAGGAGGGUGUUAUCCGUGGAUUUUAUUCUGGUUUUGGACCCAUUCUUUUCAAGCAAGUGCCCUAUACCAUGGCCAAGUUUGUAGUUUACGAAAGAGCCAGUGAGACCAUUUUGCGUUCUAUGAAAACGCCCAAGGACCAGUUGGCACCUUCUACCAUGACCAUGGUUAAUCUUGGAGCUGGUAUCAUUGCAGGUACUGCCGCUGCCAUCAUUUCUCAGCCUGCCGAUACCUUGCUUUCCAAGAUCAAUAAGCAAAAGGGCGUCGAAGGCCAAUCCAUCACAUCUCGUCUUGUAUCCAUGGCAGGCAAAUUAGGUGCUCAUGGCCUCUUCCUUGGAUUGGGUCCCCGUAUUGUAAUGGUGGCUACUCUCACUGCUGGUCAAUUUGCCAUUUAUGGUGACAUCAAGCGCAUGCUAGGUGCCACUACUGGUAUCGAGAUUGCCAAAGUAGAGAAAUAG